AUGCCUCGAAAUCCGAAGCAGGCCAAAGAUGUGUUUGUUGGCGAGGCUGCAGAGCCGGGGCUGAUCAUCACUGACAUCCAUUUAGCCUGGGAUGGAUGCUCGAGCGUGCGACAGAGGCUGCGAGAUGGCAUUGGUGUUAUGCACAGCAGCAGCGGCCUGUCAUGCGAUAACGGCACCUGCAAGCUGAACAGCGAUAUCUUGCUUCCGAUUUUGCAUUGCAUGUCGGAAAACAACCAGAAGAAAUUGCCCAGUGUGGGCGACCUCCGAACCGAGUUGGGCAAGAUUUUCACCGUGAACAAGCGCGUCGGAGCCGACAUCCAGGGAUUGGUAGCAUCCGAAGCCAUCCACAUUCGAAAGCUUCUCUCGUUUGUCAAAGCGAAAGCUCGACGGGGUGAAGUGAGCAAGGUUAUGUUUAUGACUGCUAGAAAACCUGUCUUUCACUUGCAGGAAUCGGAUGAGGAUGCUUACGACGACGAUGCGGACGAAGCCGAAGAAGAACCAGUUGAGGGCGCUCCAUCGGCUCCAGACAGCAUCCCAACACCUUCCGAGCCUCCGAUGGUGCCUGCAAUUGCCCCCAAGCCUGAAGAGCCUGAGCCUUCAAUCCCCAAGACGAAAGCCGAUGCAGCUCCUUCCUUGAUUGUUGGUGGGGCCCUGGUAGCUUCACCCCAGGCAUGCACAGCCCACCCAAUCACGACCCCGGAACCCAAACAGAAGUUCGCAUCGCCCGGGGCAGAAACGCCCAGCCCUGCAAUCUCAAAGAUGGGAAGCUUUUCAACUUCUGAAUCCGAGAGUGAGAUGCCUACGAAGCCAGCAAAGGAGUAUGCGGCAAAGCAGACCUGGACCCCAACACCGAGUCAGGCUUCCUCCACGCAAUCGCGAGGCUCUCGGCUUUCGGAGCAAGACCGUGCUGCAAUCAAAGCCAGAGUGGCAGCUUUGAGGGAGCGAUUGUCGUUGCAGUCAGCUGGAUCGAGUGCCCAUACGUCUUUCGGCAGUGCUUCCGACGAGACCCAGCCCUGGGAUGUUAUGGCUGGUGCCGAGCUACCGGAAGCGAACAUGGUUGAAGCAGAGCCACUGUCGAAUCCAGCGGCCGAGGCAGCACCACCGGCAGCACCGCUGCCGAAUCCUGUGACAGAAGCAGCAAAAUCGAUCAAUGCAGUGGCAUGCGCAGUGCCACUUGCGAAUCCUGUGACAGAUGCAGCAGUGUCGAAUCCAGUGCCUCCUGCAGCGCCACUUUCGAAUCCAGUGGCCGAUGCAGCGCCAGUUUCGAAUCCAGUGGCCGACGCAGCGCCAGUUUCGAAUCCAGUGGCCGAUGUAGAGCAGGCGGGCAGCAGAGGUCCUGCCGAUUUCACUGAGAGCGAGACGCCGCCUACGAUCACGAGACGGGCUCAGUUGUCCUUGCGGUCCUCUCUCAAGAAGAAGCGGAAGGGUGGGGCUGAGGAAGCCGACCCGGUCAAGAAGCGCAACAAGAAGAGAAAACUCGUCAAGGGCAAGAGGACUCGGAGGGCCCGUGUGAGUCGCAAGAGGGUCAUGAUCAAGUGCUUUCCAGUCCCCACGGAUGAAGAGAUCAUGGCCAUGCCGCCUUUGCCGGAAGGCUGGGACAAGCUUCCUGAGGAGCCUUCGGAGCCGGAGGAAGCCACGGAGGCUGAGACCAAUGCCAAGCGAAAGGUGUCGACGAGCUCCUCGAGUGCCCCUUUCUUGACCAUGAAGAAGGCCCUUCAGAAGUACUUCCAGGUUGAGAAGAUCGACGACUUGAGAGAUCAGAUGGUGGAGUUCGCUAAGAAGUUCAACAAUGCCACCUCGACGCCGCAGUGGAAGUUCAAGAUGAAGGGUGACUUGCAAGCGCCCACCCAUCACGGCCUGACCCACUACUGGACGAGGUGCAGCUGUGGGAUUCUCAGGAAGUGGGACAAGAAAGAGAUUGUGAACUUCUCCAGCAGUGGUGCAUCUGCUGACUUGGACUGGGCGCAGAAGAUGUGUGUGGUGAUGAAAGGCGGCGAGAUGUUUGCGGUCUACUUGGACGGCCUCCUCGAGGACAAUUACAUCGCGCAGGGAGCCUACGACCACGAGUGCAUCGAAGUGGAAAUGAUGAAGGAUGGCAUCCGGGAUAUGAUUUCGAGCGCGAUGACUAAUUUGGCGCUUGUCACGGUCUGA